AUGGCCGCCCUGGGCAGCAGCCGGAUCAGCUUCACCGUCCGGAGCCUCUUGGAUUUACCGGAGACCGACGGAGGAGAGAUCCCCGGCCCCAGGACCAGGACCAGGGGCCCCGCCGCCAAGGAGCCCGAGCCGGGCGACGCCUUCGACGCGGGGUCCCCUUUCGGAGAGUGGCUGGAGAUCGACCGGAGCCAGUCUCUGUCUUCGGAUGAGAGCGGGGCUGAGAGCAGGAUGCGCCCAGCGGCUGCUUCGUCUCAGGCGGCGGCGGAGGAGGAGGAGGAGGAAGAGGAAGAGGAGAGGAAGAAGAAGCGCCGGGUCCUCUUCUCCAAGGCGCAGACGCUGGCGCUGGAGCGGCGGUUCCGGCAGCAGCGGUACCUCUCGGCGCCGGAGCGGGAGCAGCUGGCCCACUUGCUCCGCCUGACGCCCACCCAGGUCAAGAUCUGGUUCCAGAACCACCGCUACAAGAUGAAGCGGGCCAAAGGGGCUGAGAGGGCCGGAGCAGGAGGAGGUGAAGGUGCUGGUGUUGGAAGCGAAGUGGCUCCCCUCCUGCGCCGGGUGGUGGUGCCCGUGUUGGUCAGGGACGGCAAGGCCUGCCAAGGCUGCAGUGGCCCCCUCGCCCCCGGGCAGGACUUGGGCGGUGCUCAUGGGGCCCUGGCCUUUCCUCCGGCCUUUCCACCGGCAGCUUCCCUGAGCCUUUUCCCGGCUUACCAGCACUUAGCGCCGUCAGCCCUGGUCUCCUGGAACUGGGGCUGAGGAGCCAGGCGCCGAAGAGAUCAGCCUGCCCGGCCUCCAAAGGGGACCAGCCUCUUCGGCCUGCCUGCCCGCCAUCCUAAAUAGAGAC